AUGAUUAGACUAAUUAAUAAUUUCAGUAAACAAAUAAAAAAUACAACAAACAAAAAAUAUCUGCUAAUACCUUUAAUAGCAUAUUCAUUUGUGAAAUCUCAACCAAAGUAGAUUUAACUCUAUACAUAACCCAAUCAACAAUAAUUUUCGUCUUCACCAAUGCAAAAGUAGGAAUUCCCUUUCAAAGUUAAUAAAGAAGAAUUAAAAAAACGUUUAACACCUAUUCAAUAUAAAGUUACUUAAGAAGCUGACACAGAACGUCCUUAUACAGGAUAAUACGAUAAGCAUUUUGAAUAAGGUGAAUAUUUAUGUAUCGUAUGCUCUGAGAAGUUAUUUAAUUCAGACAGCAAAUUUAAUUCAGGUUGCGGAUGGCCUGCUUUUUCCUCAAGUGAGUAGGGAAAGAUUUAAGAAAAUGUAGACCAAUCUCAUGGUAUGGUAAGAACUGAGGUUGUUUGCAAAAAUUGUGGUGCACAUUUAGGUCAUGUUUUCAAUGAUGGUCCUAAGCCCACUCAUCUCCGUUACUGUAUCAACUCUGCCUCAAUUAACUUCAAAAAAGCUAAUUGA